GGCCCCUUCUCCCUCACAGCUCCGCAGGCUGCUCGUGGGUCCUGACCCGCUGUGCCCGCCGCCGGAGGAGGAGGCAGGCUCUGACCCGACCGAGGCCCGGCUGCGGCGCGGCUCUUGGAACAUGGCGACCUGUGUGUGGCUCAUCCUGGAAGGAGGUGACUGUGGUCGUUGUGAUGCCUAAGAAUCAAGUGUGACGUUCCCCCAGGGACUUCAUGGUGUUCUCCUCCAUCCUCUUCACACCAUUGCACCACGUGGCUCCUGAACAUGGGGGAAAAUGAAGAUGAGAAGCAGGCCCAGGCUGGGCAGGUCUUUGAGAACUUCGUCCAGGCAUCCACCUGUAAAGGCACACUCCAGGCCUUCAACAUCCUUACGCGACACCUGGACCUGGACCCUCUGGACCACAGAAACUUUUAUUCCAAGCUCAAGGCCAAGGUGACUACCUGGAAGGCCAAGGCCCUGUGGUACAAGUUGGACAAGCGUGGCUCCCACAAAGAGUACAACCGGGGGAAGUCAUGUCUGAACACCAAGUGUCUCAUCAUUGGAGGAGGACCCUGUGGUUUGCGCACUGCCAUUGAACUUGCAUACCUGGGAGCCAAAGUGGUUGUGGUAGAGAAGAGGGACACCUUCUCCCGGAACAAUGUGCUGCACCUCUGGCCAUUCACCAUCCAUGAUCUGCGAGGCCUGGGAGCCAAGAAGUUCUAUGGGAAAUUCUGUGCUGGCUCCAUUGAUCACAUCAGCAUUCGUCAGUUGCAGCUCAUCCUAUUCAAGGUGGCGCUGAUGUUGGGAGUUGAAAUCCAUGUGAAUGUGGAGUUUGUGAAGGUUAUAGAACCUCCUGAAGAUCAAGAAAAUCAAAAAAUCGGCUGGCGGGCAGAAUUUCUCCCUGCAGACCACUCUCUCUCAGAGUUUGAGUUUGAUGUCAUCAUUGGUGCCGAUGGCCGCAGGAACACUCUGGAAGGGUUCAGAAGAAAAGAAUUCCGUGGGAAGCUGGCUAUUGCAAUCACUGCCAACUUCAUAAACAGAAACAGCACAGCUGAGGCCAAGGUGGAAGAGAUUAGUGGUGUGGCUUUCAUCUUCAAUCAGAAGUUUUUUCAGGACCUUAAAGAAGAAACAGGGAUUGAUCUUGAGAACAUUGUUUACUACAAGGACUCCACCCACUAUUUUGUCAUGACCGCCAAGAAGCAGAGCCUGCUCGACAAAGGUGUCAUCAUUAAUGACUACAUCGACACAGAGGCACUGCUGUGUGCAGAUAACGUGAACCAGGAUAACCUGCUCGCCUACGCCCGAGAAGCAGCAGACUUUGCCACCAAUUACCAACUGCCAUCUUUAGACUUUGCCAUGAACCAUUAUGGGCAGCCAGAUGUCGCCAUGUUCGACUUCACCUCUAUGUACGCCUCAGAGAAUGCAGCCCUAGUGCGCGAACGUCAGUCACACCAGCUGCUCGUGGCCCUGGUGGGCGACAGCUUGCUCGAGCCAUUUUGGCCCAUGGGCACAGGGUGUGCCCGAGGUUUCCUGGCAGCCUUUGACACAGCGUGGAUGGUGAAGAGCUGGCACCAGGGCACUCCACCCCUGAAACUUCUGGCUGAAAGAGAAAGCCUCUACCGGUUGUUACCUCAGACAACCCCAGAGAACAUCAACAAGAACUUUGAGCAAUACACGUUGGACCCCGGGACCCGGUACCCAAACCUCAACUCAAACUGCGUCAGGCCGCAUCAGGUGCAGCACUUAUAUGUCACCAAGGAGCUGGAACAAUUCCCUCUCGAGAGAAUGGGCUCAUUGAGAAGAUCUGCCACCCUCUCCAGGCGGGAGUCGGACAUCCGGCCCAACAAGCUCCUAACCUGGUGCCAGCAGCAGACAGAGGGCUACCAGCAUGUCAGUGUCACUGACCUGACCACAUCCUGGCGGAGUGGCCUGGCGCUCUGUGCUAUCAUCCACCGCUUCCGGCCUGAACUAAUCAACUUUGACUCUUUGAAUGAAGAUGACGCUGUGGAGAACAACCAGCUGGCAUUUGAUGUCGCUGAGCGUGAAUUUGGCAUCCCCCCAGUGACCACAGGCAAAGAGAUGGCAUCUGCCCAGGAGCCUGACAAGCUCAGCAUGGUCAUGUACCUCUCCAAGUUCUAUGAACUUUUCCGGGGCACCCCGCUAAGGCCUGUGGAUUCUUGGGGCAAAAUCUAUAGAGAAAAUGCUGACCUUGGCUUGACCAAAUCAUCCUUCUCUCAUAAUUAUCUCAAUCUCACGUUUCCAAGGAAAAGGACCCCACGGGUGGACAGCCAGACUCAAGAGAAUGACAUGAACAAACGAAGGCGGAAAGGCUUCAACAACCUGGAUGAGCGUUCAGCCUUUUCCAGCCGGAGCGUAGGCUCCCAUCAAGAGGGCAGCGGCAAUAAAGAAGGUAGAAAUCAGAACAAAGUCAAGUCCAUGGCAAACCAGCUCCUGGCCAAGUUUGAGGAGAACUCACGGAACCCCUCUCUGCAGAAGCAGGAACGUCACGUCUCAGGGAUAGGUAAGCCGGUCCUGUGCUCUUCCUCUGACCCUCCUGUUCACUCUCGCUGCCCCAAGCCAGAGGAGCUCACGCCCAGCCCAUCACCUCCUCUGAAAAGGCAGUUCUCCCCGGUGGUGGUGACCGGGCAUGUGCUCCGAGAGUUAAAUCAAGUGUCCACUGGUGGCGAGCGCCCAGGCAGGCCCUGGAGAGCCAGAACCAAGUCUGACCUGCAGCUAACAGGGCCAGAACAUCCUGCUGGGCUGCCCGCCACCUGCCAGGGAGCGCUGGCCCUCUCUGGGGUGCUGCGACGGCUGCAGCAAGUGGAGGAAAAGAUUCUCCAGAAGAAAGCUCAGAAUUUGGCCAACAGGGAAUUUCACACAAAGAACAUUAAGGAGAAGGCAGCUCACCUUGCCUCCAUGUUUGGACAUGGGGAGUUCCCACAGAAUAAACUUCUCUCUAAAGGCCUGUCUCAUCCUCAUUCUCCAUCUUCUCCUUCCUGCCUUCCAUCUCCUGAUCCAGCUGCUCCUUCCUCUCCAUCGACUGCUGACUCUAUUUCUCCUGCCAAAAAGCUGACGGUAGGGAAAGUGUCCAGCGGAAUAGGGGCUGCAGCUGAAGUCCUGGUCAAUCUGUACAUGAAUGAUCACAGACCUAAGGCCCAGGCCACCUCUCCGGACCUGGAUUCCAUGCGAAAGACGUUUCCCAUAAACCUGGGAGGCAGCGACACCUGUUUCUUCUGCAAGAAGCGCGUGUACGUGAUGGAGCGGCUGAGCGCAGAAGGCCACUUCUUCCACCGAGAGUGUUUCCGCUGCAGCCUCUGCGCCACCUCCUUGCGCCUGGCGGCCUACGCCUUUGAUGGCGAUGAAGGCAAGUUUUACUGCAAGCCUCAUUUCAUUCACUGUAAGACCAGUAGUAAGCAGCGGAAGAGACGGGCAGAGCUAAAGCAACAAAGAGAGGAGGGGGGACCGUGGAAAGAGCAAGAGGCCCCUCGACGCGACACGCCCAAGGAAAGUUCUUGCGCCGUGGCCGCCAUCGGCACACCUGAAGGCAGCCCCCCAGUUCAUUUCAGUCUUCCAGUGCUACACCCACUUCUUGGCUGACACACUUCUGCUCUGAGAGUGUCCCUCCCUUUAUAGAAUGUCAACCAAAGAGUGCCCUCCUCCCCUGUCCGUCUACUAGCUAGGCGCGCAUUUCAGCACUACGCAUGUUUGUGACCUGUGGUAGUCAUUUCCAGUGCCACCCCAACCCUGUAUUUUGCACACAGCAAACAAUGUGUAGCUUUAUUUAUGGUAUUUGAUGCUGUAAAUGAAAAUAAAUAUGGUUCUUUAU